AUGGAUGAGCUAGAGCAAACAGAAAUAAGAGAAAACGUGAACCAGCUCAAGGGGCAAAUGACCAAGAUCUUGAAGAUUUUACAAGCACUUGGAAAUAGAAAUGAUGGGAAUCCUUUGGUAGACGAGGGGGUGCCCCAAAACACUCUUGUUCAUCCAACGAGCGUCGCUCCACACCUUCACACCAAUUAUCAAGAAGGGAAGGCACAACAAUUUCCACUUUAUGGUCUUCCUCCAGGUUAUACCCCACUCAUAGAUACUCAUCUCCCCAACAACAAUACACUGGUCGUGACCACAAAUCCACAACAUGGUACUGGCGAGUUCCCUCAAGUGCAACUUUCACCCUUUACUUCGGGCUUUCCUAGCUCUUCAUCGCAAAAAAAAUCUACCGAAGCUAUGCCGAUGAUGUUAAACAUUCACCAUGAAUCUCGACCGCUCGAGAGCAAUCAAUCCCAAGAAAAAUGGCAAGCCUUGGAAGAACGCCUGAGAGUUGUCGAAGGGGGAAACAAUUAUGGAUUUGAUGCUUCAGACCUAUGCCUCGUUUCUGAUGUUAUAAUACCUCGGAAAUUCAAAUUUCCUGAAUUCGACAAAUACAAGGGAACUACAUGCCCCAAGAACCGUCUUAUUAUGUUUUGUCGAAAAAUGGGUUUUUGCGCCCAUGACGAAAAACUGCUAAUCCACUUCUUUCAAGACAGUUUGACAGGAGCUUCCCUGAGUUGA